AUGUCCGCAAAAGUGCCGCCGGCGUUCAAACCAGUCGCCCACUACAUCAAAAUCGCCAAUGAAAAUGCCAGCCGCGACCCCGUCGUUUAUUAUUGGUGUUAGUUUUUUUUUUGGCCUAUCAAUUUUAAAUAGAGUUUUUCGUAUUUUCAAUUUUUCAUUUUCAAGCUUUUUUUCGCUCGAGACAGGGUAAAUCUCGUUGCCAAAAAAACUCUUUCUCGAAUUAUAUUUACGAUAAAUAAUUUUUUUGAAAAAAACCGGUCAGUUUCAAGCACAUUGCAUUUUUUUCAUGACUAUUCAUGAUUUUUUUAUGUUCUUGACUUGACGCCGCUUUCUUAAGUCAAUACUCAAAAUGUCGGCAUUUACACUGCUUGAGAGAGUUUUAAAUAUUUAAAAAGGUUUUUUUCGCUCAAUUCUUUAUGGUUAUUGAUAAUUUGUUUAGGCCUUUUCUAUGCGGUCCAGACGGCGAUGCAGCUUGACAGGACUUCGCCGGAAGCUCUUCAGUUCCUCACAGGCCUUCUCACGACACUGGAAACGAUCAAGAAACAGCUCCAGAACAACGAUGCGAUAACUAAUGAGGUCUUUUUGCUUUUCAAUUGGAAUCAAUCUCAAGCUUUCAGACUAUUGCACAGGCCCAUCUUGAAGAUUUCGCCUUGAAGCUUUUUAACUUUGCCGACUCCAAGGAAAAGACUGGCAAUGUUUGUUCAUUUUCCCUUUCCUCUUUCUGUAGUCUUGCUCAAAUGAAUAUUUUGAAUCUGUGUUUUUAAAUAUUCAGGUCGAUAAAGCGGUCGUCCACGCGUUUUACACUGCUGGACAUGUCAUGGAUGUGUUGUCGUUGUUUGGAGAGGUAUUUCAAUUGAUCUCACUGAAUUCUUUCUGUUUUUUUUUAGGUUGACGAGCAGUUUUUGACGUCGAAAAAGUACGCAAAAUGGAAAAGCACGCAGAUUUUCGCUUGUCUUCGUGACGGAACUCCUUAUGUCCCCAGCUCUCAAGAAGCCGCUGACCCUAGCGUCGAUGAUGGUUCUUUUUUUUAAAAUAUAAAAUCGGGAUCAAUUAUAAUAUUGAGAAAAUUCGAAAUAAUAUGAAGGUUCCAGAUUGCUUUGCUUUCUCUGCUUUGGAGCUAUUCAAUAACUUAAAACGAGUAGGAAACAUUGUAAUACUUAUUUUCAGUUAAAACUGGGCAGAAUACAUAAUUUUCAAGUUUUUUCUUUUUUUCAGAAAUUUUCUAAUGCCAUUAAAAUUAUUUCCUAUUGUUUAAGUGUUGUUUUACAGUCGGAUGACUUCAAGUUUUUGGAAAAAAGUUUUUAUUGUCUAAAAAAACUUCUUAUUUUAAAAGAUAAUUAUUUUUUUGCAUUUUUUUUAAAGAAAUUCUUUCAUCUCAGCCUGAGCUUCGAUAUUUUGAGACCUAUCUGCAUUUGGCGCUCAGUUCCAACCGAAACCGACCGACAGCUUCGGAUCUUCCUCCGGACCGGCUCCUCCAGCUCAGUUUGGCGGCUAUCAGAACGUCGGACCCUCGGAUCUCUUCAAUGGUUUUUUUUUCGCCUUUCCAAUCAGUGUAAUGCUGCUUCAAUCUAGUGCCGACCCCUCCUUCGCGCAAUCCUCCGAUGCCUCCUCAUCACAGUUACAGCAACAUCAGCCCGGCUUCAUCUCACUCUUCGGGCUACCUUCCCAAUACUGGUUUUUUUUUUAUUUUUUAAAAAGGAAAAAUACAAAUACUUACAACAUGACUUCUAUAUUGAAUCAGCUUUGAAAUGGUUCUAUUUUAAGAACUCUACAAAUUAAACUAAAAGUUCAUUUCCCAUAACUUGGAUGUAUAUAACUGUAUAAUUUUUCUUUUACCUAAACAGAUGAAGUUUGUAGUUUUGAUAUAUGGCAAAUUUUUUUUCCAUUACUUUUUCGAAAGCUGUUCGGACAUUGGUAACGCGAAAAGGACGUUCUCCGGACGUUCCUGGGAUAUCCUAGUGACCACUUUAGUAGCGUCAACACUCUUAAGUGAUCCUCAGAAUUGCACAGAAACGUCCGGAGCACGUUUCAAAAUAUUCUUUAGCAAGCUCGGCCUCGGUCCCAGCGACGAUGCCACCAGGAGCUGAACCGACAGCCGAGGAAUUCGCUCAGGUCCGCAAAUACGCCAAAUACGUCCUGAGCGCCAUCGACUACAGCGACACGAAGGCCACCGUCGAAAAUCUUCGCAAGGCUCUGGCCGUCGUCGAGAAAUACUGUUAA